AUUUGUUCUUUUAUUGCAAUUAUAUGAAAUAUCAAAUUUAUUUGCUACCAUGCGUGCCUCUUGGUAACAAAUAUCCCAUUUCAACCAUUAUGAUUCGGAUCUGAAAUAACAUCCUAUUCGUAAGGUCAACUUUGGAUUCGUUGGCAUAACAACAAGCUGUGUAAUUUUGAAAAUGGACAAGCCCACAACUAUUAAAGAAGCGAUUAAAAAAUGGGAGGAAAAAACAGGACAGAAAGCAUCGGAAGCAACAGAAGUAAAACUUUAUGGACAGUAUCCCCCAACAGAAAAAAUGGAUGCCUCACUCUCCACCUUGACUAUGUGCGAAAAACUAUCACUUUCAACCAACUGUAUAGAAAAAAUUUCGAAUUUAAAUGGACUAAAAAACUUGAAAAUACUCUCUCUAGCAAGAAAUAACAUUAAAAAUCUGACGGGACUUGAACCAGUUGGAGACACGCUUGAGCAACUGUGGAUUUCCUACAACAAUAUUGAAAAGAUGAAAGGGAUUAACGUACUUAGAAAACUAAAAGUACUAUAUAUGUCAAACAAUUUCGUGAAAGAUUGGAGUGAAUUUCAGAAACUAGCUGAUCUUCCAGUUCUUGAGGAUCUUCUCUUUGUUGGCAACCCAUUAGAGGAAAACAGUGGUGACAAAUGGAGAGAGGAAGCGUGUAAAAGGCUUCCCAAACUUAAAAAGCUGGAUGGUGUACCGGUACUGCAUGAUGAAGGAGAUGAUGAAGGAUAGAAGGAUAAAAGCGUUUCCUCUAUUGCUUUUAUUAAGAUGUGAUAAAUCAAGUGUAUUUUAGUAACGAAGACAAAAAUAAUUUUACUAACAUAAUUAAAUAUUGUAUAAUCAAUCAAUAUUUUUAAUGGAGGAGAUUUUGCUUCUUUACAAGUUAAUUUUGAAUACAUAAGUCAUUUGUUUUGAUGAAGAAUAUAACUGAAGAGAACUAAAGUGAAGAGAAAGGAGAAAAAUGUAUAUUUCUAUAACUGAACAUAAUAAUGGAGUUUUCUAAGGAUAUACAAAACUUCUUUUACCAAACACAAGCAUAUAUUCCAAUGGAACUAUUGAAAUGAAAGAUGGUAUUUCACUUUACGAGUUAUUGGAUGAG